AUGUUUAGCGGGUUGCACACUAGUAAGUAUGCGUGCCAGGUAGUGGUGCAGAUUCGUACUGCUACGAAGAGAGCUGCUGGUUCGAGGACGUCUAUGAAGGACAGUGCUGGUCGGCGUCUGGGUCCCAAGAAGUACGAAGGGCAGGAUGUGAAGCCCGGUGAGAUUAUAAUGCGUCAGCGUGGUACCAAGUUUUACCCCGGUGAGAAUGUGAAGAUCGGCAGAGACCACACUAUAUAUGCGGUGGAGCCAGGUGUGGUUAGAUACUACCUGGAUCCGUUUCAUCCCUACCGGAAGUUCAUCGGUGUGGCGUUGUCUAGGGAUAUGAAGCUGCCUAAACCGCAUUUUGAGCCAAAUGUGAGGAGGUUUGGGCGGAUCGAGCUGGAUAACCCGAAGGCCAUCGCCAAGGAAGAGAAUGCUCUUUCGAGAAAGGAAUACCUGUCGAGAGAUACUCUCUUGAAGGAUCUCACAGAAAGGGAAGCCAAGAGACAUGAAAUGAUGGACAAUUACUGGAACUUCAUUAGCAGCGAGCUGAAAUUGAACAUAAUACCAGAGAGAAAAGAGAUGGCCUCCAAUUAUCUGUUGAGAUAUAGGACCGGAUUGAAGAAUGGGUUUGACCUGCAGGAGGCCCAGUUUAAUGCCAAGUACUACUUGCAACAGAUGCUGAAGUUGAAAGCCAAGAGGAAAGAAUGGAAUGAAGAGAAAUUGAGUGAGCAAUUGCACAAUUUGGAUGAAACCACAGCACUACUAAACAAGUCUGUUUCUUUCAGCAAUAAGUGGGUCAUAAUCCCAUACAUAUCUGAAGAAGAAAAGCUCACAAGAAAGGAUGAGUUGAUCAAGAAGCUGACGGAGCUAGGCACUGCAAUCAAAUCGAAGUCGGACAAAAAGGCUGUUCUGGAGUUAUUUAAGGAUGCCUCCCACUUUUUGACUCAAGCUCAAGAAGUUCGUUUACGUCGUCAAUUCAUGAAGCCCGUGCAACCAGAGAUUAUGAAUGUUAACGUUGCUGAGAAAGCCGACAAGAAGACUACUGUCAUUAGAAGAUUUAAUUACGAAAAGAGUAAGAUUGAUAUUAUUCCAAGAACCAAAACAGCUUUCUUUAAGAGACUAUGA